AGGGAGUAAGGUGGUACCACAAUUUAGACAUCAGCUUUGGGGUGGAGGUGGGGGGGGGUCACAUGAAGGCCGACCCUAAAUGGCUCCCCUCCCUUCGUUUAGUUCUAGAGUGGAGCCCCUGUGCAGGAGCCCACUGUGCCCCUCCCUGUGAUGGGGAGGGAGGGGUGAAGUCAUCGGUUCAGGUCUUUCCUGCUCUCAUGGCCGUCCACGUGACCAGCAACUGUAGGCCAGAGGUGUUGGAGGUGGAGUGAGACAGGACCAGCCCCUAAGCCUGGUCAGCCCUGACCAAGUGCUGUGGCAGUCAUGGCGCUCACCCAGAGGCAGCCUCACCCUCGGCCCCUGCUUCUCCUGGUACUUAUGUGGCUCCCCCAAAGCCUGAGUCUAGACCUGAUUCCCUACACACCGCAGAUAACAGGCUGGGACCUGGAAGGGAAGGUCACAGCCACUACGUUCUCUCUGGAGCAGCCUCGGUGUGUCUUCCAUGAGCAUGCCUCGGCUAACGACACCAUCUGGCUAGUGGUGGCUUUCAGCAAUGCCUCCAGGGACUUUCAGAACCCACAGACCGCUGCUAAGAUCCCGACCUUCCCACAGCUGCUGACUGACGGCCACUAUAUGACAUUACCCCUGUCCCUGGAUCAGCUGCCGUGUGAGGACCUGGCCGGUGGCAGUGGAGGUGUCCCCGUGCUUCGGGUGGGCAAUGACUUUGGCUGUUACCAGCGACCCUAUUGCAAUGCUCCCCUCCCCAGCCGGGGCCCUUACAGUGUGAAAUUCCUUGUGAUGGAUGUUGGCGGCCCACCCAAGGCUGAGACAAAGUGGUCCAAUCCCAUUUAUCUCCACCAAGGAAAGAACCCCAACUCCAUUGACACAUGGCCCGGCCGUCGGAGUGGCUGUAUGAUCAUCAUCUCUUCCAUCCUUUCUGCCCUGGCCGGCCUCUUGCUUCUGGCUUUCCUGGCAGCCUCCACUACGCGUUUCUCCAGCCUGUGGUGGCCUGCGGAAGCCCCCGAGCAGUUGCGGAUUGGCUCCUUCAUGGGAAAACGUUACAUGACUCACCAUAUCCCCCCCAGCGAGGCUGCCACACUGCCGGUGGGCUGUGAGCCUGGCCUGGACCCCCUUCCCAGUCUCAGCCCAUAGCCUGGUCUCUGCGGCUUGGGCCUGGGGUGAGGGGCAGAGAGCAGAAACCUGCUCACACUUCAGGAUCCAGUGGUCACAGCGACUCUCCCUCCUGGCACAGGCCUCAGUGACAGAUCUUUGUCAAAUCGAUGAACCUCUGCCUCUGAGUCCUGUUCCCCAUCUGCCGAACCCCCAGCAUCCAGAGGUGAUCUCGGAGGUACAGAUAGAAGCUGCACCCAGCCAAAUGCUCCAGUGGCUGGAGAAGCGUUGUGGAUGGAGCAGCUUUUGAAAUUGGAUUAGAUUUGAACCCAGAGCCCCGUGGACCAGGAGAGGGCAACCUCCCUUGGGAUUGAGAGAGAGAUAACCUCCCCACACCAACUUGUCCCAGCACCCGUCCUUGUUUCCAUGGGCCACUGGUAUUUGCUGAGUUAAAAGAUGAAUGAAGGACUUGCGAAACACCAUCAGGUCCGAUGACAUGAAUUGUUCCCACGUGGGAGGAGAGAACCAGCUCUGACAAGUUGUCCUCUGACCCUGACCUCUACAAAACGAAGGCAUGCAUGCUCCCCCCCCCCCCCCGCCCCUUUGCAUCCUCCGCACCUUUUCACCUGCAAAUACAAAAUAAGUAACAGA